AUGGCCACGCAUCGAGACUCGUUCCAGAGCAAUGCUUCCGAGCGGCACCCCAAGGGCAAGAGAAAGAGGACUGCUGCAAAGGACAAGGCUAUCCUCGAGGCGGCAUACAAUGCCAACCCCAAGCCCGACAAAACAGCGCGUCUCGACAUCGUGAAGCGCGUGUCUCUCAACGAGAAGGAGGUUCAGAUAUGGUUCCAGAACCGCCGGCAGAACGACAGGCGCAAGUCGCGUCCCCUUUCUCCGCAGGAGAUCGCUGCUCUGCAGUAUGGCAGCAUGCAGGUCCUCCCAGAUACGAUCUCCGCUCCUCCAUACAUGUCGACUCUGCCUCCGAGCUCCAGUCUGCCGGCUGCCCACAACACGUCCCCGGUCCCACCGUCAUCCGCGCCGGAGAGGGGGAACGCGUCCCCGCAUUCGGACACAGGACCAUCCAGACCGGACAGCGCCGGGCACCCCGCCGGGCUCAGGAGGGAGUCGGCUCCGUCUGGAGGCAUACCUGCUGUCGGCCCGUCUUCACAGCCUGUCGGGUGCACGGCUGACCAGCCGCCGCAGCUCUACCGCUCCCAGUCUGUGGGGUACUUCGCAAAUAGGUUACAUGCUAGCACCUCCUUCCAGGCAGCCCGCCAGAGCCCAGAUUCUUACAGGUAUGUUAACCAGCAUGACCUGCGACCAACACAUUCGUCCAAGUUCCGCUUGUCGAUGUCGAUGGAGGGCAAGGCUGAGUUGGUCUCUCAGCCUUCUCCGCCUCGCUUGUCCCCAACCAGCUUUCCCGAGAGCUCAGUUCCCCUCGACCGGCCUCAUCUCCACCGUAGCCAGAGCGCAGCGGGCGCCAUCACACUGCCGCCAAUUUCCGCACUGACGGCCUCUCUCGAAGACAACGACGCCCCUCGGCUCCACCCACGUCUCUAUCGCAGCCGCUCUCGAGACGUGCAUCUGUGGGAGCUGGCCUGCGAGGCCAACAGCGGGGAGCACCGUGACGAGCUGACUGCGUAUGCGGAGCGCGAGUCUUCGGGGUCCGCCAUCGCUGCUAUUAGUCUUCUCCGCACACUCAGCUCCAGCUCCCACUCUCCUGCCUCCAGCCACAACGGGACUCCUCUGCAGCUCAACAGCGCCAAGCGCAAUGCAAGGCCCAGCGCGCAACAUCACCAUCAUCACCAUGCCAAAAAGCCCAAGCUCGGCAGAGCCUCUAGCAGCAUCGCCCGCCUGCAGAACAACCUGGUCAACAUGGUGAGCGAAAAACCAACAACAGCACGUUCAGAUGAGGUCGAUGUAGACGAAGAUGACCUCAGGAAGGUCAAGAUGUCGAUCCUGCUGUCGCCGGGAGGGAACGAAUCGGACAAGGAGAACUGGAGCCCGGACGACGACGGCAACCCGGUGUUCCGUGGCUCUCACCCUGGAGGUCGACGGCCUCUACCAUCUGCGCCUACCUCAAGGGGCAUGCAGUCGCAGCAUGCACGCCGGCGUGUGCUGGAGGACGACAGCAAUCGAACUAUGCUCGGGCGCGCCAGCACAGCACCGGGUCCGAGACGAAAGAAGGGCGAGUCGCCGAUUGCGAUAUUCGACGACAGCCUGGCUGAACGCAGUGGGGUCACGGAUGAUGAGGUCGAGAAGUUUAUGCGCGGCGAGGUCAGUCCUAGUAAGAAGGGAGCGGCUAGCGCAAUUGCCGGACUGCUGGCUCUCAGCCAGGGUCACUGGCGAUAA